AUGCAACUUCACAUGCUUGAUGACAACAAGCAUAGAACGGACGUGAGGGCUAUGAUUAACAGCAUAAUCCAACAAAAGGCAGCUUACAUGGUCAAGAUUGGAGGACUUCUCAGAUUGAGCCGACAUCCUAGUGCCUUGAAGCAACAGUAUGUGACAUACCUGCAACAGAAGGUUGCAUGGUUUGGAACAAACCAUUGCCCUACUAACUGGUUCCAUGUCAACUUUAACGGCCAUGUUGGCAUGGCAAUAUCGGUCCGGUUAAUGAUGGUGGUCGGCCCGAUGGAUCUACUUAGAGCCAUAUCAGAGGCUACCGACAACUAUCAUGAUGGAAAUAUCAUUACGAAAAUGGGAUCGGGAAAGGUGCUGUACAAGGGAAAAUUCACAUGGGAUGAGUAUUCGAUGGAUAUUGCUGUCUGGAGGUUUGAUCGUCAGUAUAGAGAUCAAUUCAGGAGCGAGAUUGAAAAUCUUACUACUUUCAAACACGAUAAUAUCAGCUCUAUAUGCGAGCUCGGAAAUAAGGAUGAGAAUGAUGAUGAUCAAGAACAUUUAAUUAUUUACAAGCACGCAAUUCAUGGGAAUCUCCAAGGACAUCUAAAGAAACUCACAUGGUCCCGGAGACUGCAAAUAUGUUUAGGUGUUGCACGUGCAUUGAAUUAUAUCCAUAAUGAGGGUUACAUACAUUGUGACAUCAACAGCUCAAAAAUAUUGUUAGCUGAUGAUUGGGAGCCAAAGAUAUUUGGUUUUGAACUUUGCACAAAGUAUCUUCAAAGUUGGAAGCGUCGCCUUCACUUGGGUAGCUCCUUAGACACUACAAGCGUAAUGACACCAAAAUAUGAUGUUUACUUGUAUGGUGAACUAUUGUUUGAAGUACUUUGCGGGAUGAAACUAGAAUUUGAUGCAGGUGGUUUUGAUGGAAAAAUAGAUGACAUCAUUGAUUCUUGUCUAAGGAAACAUUUAGGAAGUCAAUCGAUGCAACUCUUUGAAAGUAUAGCCAAGAAUUGUCUGGAAAAAAAAAUUGUGGAAAGACGUCCCAGCAUGAAUCAGAUUGUCAAAGAACUUGAGGAAGCAUUGGAACUUGAAAAAUUACUUGAAUGUUCAUUCAAUGAAGAUGAAGGUACAUCGUCAAACCGCACGCUGAUGAAACUUUUGGAGAUUCCGCUAAGCGAGUUAGAGUCUGCCACCAAGAAUUUUGACAAAGCAUAUAUGGUAGGGCGUGGUGGGUUUAGUAAAGUGUACAGAGCAGAGCUUGAUGUUUUAGAUAUCCAUAGGGUGUCAUCAAUUAUAGGGGAAUCUAAAGAUGAACUUCCCACCAGGAAAAUAAAAACUGAUGUAGCUAUAAAACGACUCUCAGUGAAAGGAGAUGAGAAAUUAGCUAAACAAAGUUUUCGAAAUGAAAUUAAAUUGCUUGUACGUUGUGAGCAUCCAAACGUAGUCUCUCUUCGUGGCUUUUGUAUAGAAGCCAAUGAAAUGAUUCUCGUAUGUGAGUUUGCCAAAAAAGAAAGCCUCGGUAAAUAUUUACGAAGGGGACUUAGUCUUACUUGGUCGCAAAGAUUACAAAUUUGCCUUGAUGUUGCUCAUGGAAUUAAUUACCUCCACACCAACAUGGAGGGUAAAGCAAGGAUAAUACACCGAGAUAUAAAGAGUGAUAACAUUUUGUUGGACGAGAACCUAAAUGCAAAGGUUUCUGACCUUGGGCUCUCCAGAUUCCACUACCCCACGGGUGGUGAAGGAAAUAGCACUACUAUUAUUACCCAACAUCGUGCAGGCACAAAGGUGUAUAUGGAUCCAGAAUAUCGGACAACAAGCGGGUAUAAAAAGGAAUCCGAUAUUUAUUCUUUUGGAGUUGUUCUAUUUGAGGUGCUAUCUGGUAAACGGGCUAACGAUGAAACUUACCUGAGGGAGCAUGAUGACGGACUUGGACCCGUUGUGCGGGAACGGUUCGAAACGAAAAGAAUGAAGGACUUGAUAGAUAAUAAAAUGUUCGAAGAAGAUGAUGAACACACUUUUACUCUAAACAGAGGACCUACUCCAGAGUCUUUAGAUUUGUUUUCAAAUAUUGGAUAUGAAUGUUUGGCAAAAACUCGGGCCAAACGUCCCAAAAUGGAGGAUGUCAUCCAAAAACUUGAAGAAGCAUCAAAGGCUCAAGGGGAAACCAUGGUACUCUCAAGGUUUCGACUCAGUAGUAUAGAGGAUGCAACACAGAAUUUUGCCAAUGAAAACUACGUGGGGUUAGAUGCAUAUGGUAGUACGGUGUACAAAGGACGGCUACUUGAUCAAUUUAAAAGUAUUCGUUUGCUGGCAACGAAGCAAGGAAACAACAAUAAUAUUGGCGAAUCGCCCACGGAACCCAUCAGCGUAGCUAUAAAACGUAUCACUGGUAGAGAGCAUGAGCUUGGAGAGAAGGAGUUGAGUUCCGAAAUUGAAAUGCAUGCUAGAUAUAAGCAUGUCAACAUAGUCCCUCUUCUUGGCUUUUGCUACGAAGGUGAUAAUAUGCUUCUUGUUUACGAGCAUGGUUCUGAUGAAGAAAGCCUUGAUGAGUAUCUGAGAGUCACUAGUAGUACUGAUAACAUGACUUGUAAGUAUACAUGGAUCGAGCGUCUGAAUCUGUGUCUUAAGAUUGCACGUGGACUCAAUCAUCUACACACCCUGAUGGACCUGCAGGGCAAGCAAGAGAUGAUACGCGUUGAUUUAAGGAGUGCCAACAUUCUUCUUGGAAAGAGUGGGGAGGAGGCGAGGAUCACUUACUUUGGGUUCUCGAAAUUACUGCCUGCAGCAACUCAAGAGGCAGCAGCAAGCACCGACAACACUGUACGCACAAAAGUGUACUGCUGCCCAGAAUAUCAAAAGACAGGCGGUGAACCGAACAAACAAUCAGAUGUCUACUCCUUUGGAGUGGUGCUAUUUGAGAUCUUUUGUGGGAGGUUAGCGUAUGAUCCUGUUUACACAGACCAAAAUAGCAAUGGGCUUGCACUCGUUGCUCGCCAAUGCUUCAGUGAUGGAACGAUAAAGAAAAUGAUAGAUCCCGCUCUGAAGGAACAAACUUUACAAGAGAUAUUAACUUCAAAGAGAGAACCCAUUUUAGAUUCCUUAGACACAUAUCUAGGAAUUGCCAAUCAAUGUUUGGCAGAAAAUCAAGCAGAGCGUCCAACCAUGCAAAGCGUCAUUGAAGAACUAGAGAGAGCUCUUAACAUUCAAGAAAACUUCAUAAAAGGUCUCCAAAUUUCAUUUAAAGAUGUUCAAUCGGCCACAGGGGACUUUAGUCAAAUGAAUUGUUUUGGAAGUGGAAGAUAUUGGAAGGCAUAUAAAGGAGAACUUCAGCAUUCUAUUGCUAAUUUAGAUAGCGCCAGUGCCUCUGCCAGUGGCAGUGACAGUGACAGUGACAGUGACAAUGUUGGUCCCACAGCCAGUGACGUCAACGCCAACACUGAUUUCAAUGUUGUUGCAAAACGGUGGGAUAGCAAGUCUAGUCAAGGUGAUCAGCAAUUUCGGACAGAACUUAGUAUCAUUAUCAGGCGUAAGCAUGAAAAUAUCAUUGGUCUUGUAGGCUAUUGUGACGAAAUGGAUGAAAGGAUAAUCGUUUAUGAGCCGGCAUCUAAGGGAAGUCUCGAUAUGUAUUUGAAUGAUGCUGCUCUAACAUGGAUGAAGAGGGUCAAAAUAUGCACUGAUGUUGCACGCGCUUUGAAAUUUCUUCAUGGAGGUGAUGGAAUGCUGAAGAAGGUACUACAUGGGAACAUCCAAAGCCCUGCCGUUCUAUUAAAUGAUGACUGGAAGGCAAAACUUUCUAAUCUGGAGAUGUCAUCACUAGAUUCACUUCAGCUGGAUAUGGAACACGUGAGCAAUAUUACUAAUGGUGCAUUGGGCUAUCUUAACCCGGAGUACGAACAAGGUUACUUAACAGAACAAUCAGAUAUAUAUUCUUUUGGUGUCGUUAUGUUUGAGAUAUUGUGCGGACGAUUGGCAUGGUCAGAAGGCUUUAAGGAUCAUUUUGAAUCUCUAGGCCCUUUGGCUAAAAUGCACCAUAAAGAAAGAAAACUUAAUGAGAUGGUAUUUGAGGGUAUAAAGGAAGAAAUAGGUCCAGACUCAAUGGCAAAAUAUGCAGAUAUUGCGUCUCAAUGCUUGCAUAAUAUCAGAGAAAAACGGCCAACGGCAGCCAUAGUGGUAUCACAACUCAAGAAAGUGUUGGACCUUCAAGAGGAUCAUGAAAGAUGGCUGGCCAAACUGAGCGACCAUAGAAAAAUAGUCCAGAUGGCAGUCCCAAAGAUUGAUGCUAAAGGAAAGGAUCUUUACAACAUUCUCUGCAAAGGAAUUUUCAUUGAUGAGGGGAAACUGUCUGCAAAAGAAUCACCAUAUGAUCGUUAA